AUGGCGAGUGGACAUUCCAGCCAUAUAUGGAUUUCGUUUACGUUUCUCUUGCUUGCCUUGGUGCAUGGCCAAUGCACAAUAGUUGGAUUUUAUUCCGCUUCGUGUCCUCUAGUUGAAUCAAUUGUUCGUUCAACAGUUCAAUCUCAUUUCCGUUCUGAUCCCACUGUGGCUCCUGGAUUGUUGAGGAUGCUUUUUCAUGACUGUUUUGUGCAGGGUUGUGAUGCUUCUAUCCUUAUUUCAGGGUCUAACACUGAAAGAACAGCUGUUCCUAACCUAUCACUGAGAGGAUAUGAAGUUAUUGAUGAUGCCAAGACACAACUUGAAGCUGCAUGCCCUGGCAUUGUCUCUUGUGCUGAUAUUCUUGCCCUUGCUGCCCGUGAUUCUGUUGUUCUGACAAAUGGACCAAGUUGGGUUGUUCCCUUAGGACGCAGAGACGGGGGGGUUUCAUUGGCAUCUGAUACUGCCAAUUUGCCAGCAUUCACUGACUCAGUCGAUAUGCAAAAGCAAAAGUUUUCUGCUUUGGGUCUGAAUACUCUAGAUCUUGUGGCCCUCGCUGGAGGACACACCAUAGGAACUUCAGCUUGCCAAUCCUUCAAAUACAGAACGUACAAUUUUACUAAAGUAGGGAAUGGUGCUAUGGACCCAGCCAUCGAUCCAUCAUUCCUUCCUCAAUUACGAGCACUUUGCCCACAAAAUGGAGAUGAUUCUAAGCGAGUUGCAUUGGAUACUGGUAGCCCAAAUAGGUUUGACACCUCUUAUUUUACAAAUUUGAGAAAUGGGCGAGGGAUCCUUGAGUCUGAUCAAAUGUUGUGGGCUGAUACUUCAACAAAAACCAUUGUCCAGCACUUCUCAAUGGGCCUGAGCUUUAACUUGGCAUUUGUGAAGUCCAUGAUUAAAAUGAGUAACAUUGGGGUAAAGAGAGGCAAUGCUGGUGAAAUUCGCAAAAUAUGUUCCAAAAUUAAUUGA